AUGAUGCCCCGCAUCAAGGCGGCGGCGCGGCGCGAGGGCCAUAUCCUGCCAUCCUGCCUGCCUGCCUGGCAGGUGGAGCCGCACAGGGCGGCCGCGGGAGGACCGAACCGGCCCCCCAGGCAGGGACCCCGCAUCCCGGCAUCGCCCACCGGUCGGGCAGCGGGCCUUCGGGGCACAGGGCCAAAGGGGUCUCCUCUGGCGCGGCCGGGGGGGGGUGGCGCAUCCUGGGCGCAAAUCAAGCGCCGCCGCGACCCCGACAUUGGGCCGCCGGAAGACCCGGCUUCUGCCCCUCCCCUCCCCCCGCACGAAGACCCCGGCCGCCCCCCUCCGCCCAGAGCCAGUCAAGCGCCCCGCCCCCGCCCCCGCCCCCCGUGUUGGACUAUAGAUGGUGUGAGACGGCAAGAAGGGGCUGGCGACGGGGGGGGCGGGGAGUCCGGGGGAAGGGAGGGGGCAGCUCGGCCGGUGAUCCUCGGUCAGUCCCCUCCCACUGCCGGGGCUCCCCGGAGGUCCAAUGCAGGGAGCCGGUGCGGUCCCCCGGGGAAAGGCAGGAGGGCCUCUGAUGACGGCGGCUCUCAGAGGCAGUCGAGCGGGGAGCGGGGAGGAGAAGCCCCCUCCCCGGGGAUCCCGGCCUCCGUCAGCCAAGGCGGGGAGAAGAGGGGCCGGUCCCUCCUUUCAUCCCGAAGCCUCCGGGCCCCCAAACCUCGGGGCGCCCCGCGCUCGUCCCCGCCCGGCGGCCCCUUUGGAGGAGUCACCCGCCCGCCCCCCCCCUCCUCUCGUUCAUCGCUCCAGGCAAAAGAAAUGCAUGUUAAUUGGCCAUCUGUACAAAGACUAAUUAAAAUCUACCCUGCUGGGGAUGAACAGCUACCGCGAGCGAGCGCCUCAAUGGCCGGGGGGCCCGCGGAGAGGAGCCCGCCCCCAAAGCCGCGCCCGCCGCCGGUCCCCAGCACCCGGCAAGGCGCAGCCUCCACGGACCGGCGGACGGACGGACGGACGGACGGGGCCCCGGGAAAGGCGCCCUUCCUGGCCCGAGAGGCCUCGGCGGCCCCGCGGGGAGGGGGGCGCCUCCCUCCUCUCGUCCUUUUAUUUAGCGCUGGGUUUUCGGCUGCACCAGAGGAAGAAGGGGGGGGCGCUCUUUAG